CUGCAGUUGCAAGAAGCAGAUCGCUGAGCUAAGGUGUCGUGUGGAUCUCAUUAAAUACAGAAAAGAAGACCGCGAAUCAAGAUACAAAUAUGAAGGUUAUCUGCUUCAUUCUUCUCUUCGUGCUCCUCGUCGGGGUUGCGUUAGGAGUGCCUGCUAGAACCCGCCGUGCUCUGACAUGCAAGCCUGGAGCGCUCGCCUGCUCAGACGGCAGCCGCUGCGUGCCCCGGCAGUUCGUGUGCGACGGCGUCUUCGAUUGUGGCAACGGUCAAGAUGAGGAAAACUGCAGUCGACGCAGCAACGCCAACGUCCCCGACCAGAGGAUCGACGACGAACGAAACGUUCCGACGUUUGGGCUGGAAAUUGGCAACGUUAGGAAUAUCUGAGAGAUUCGUUUUUGGACAAAAGAAAGCACCUAUGAGUUCAUCAUUAAUAAUUAAUUUCAUCUCUAGCGGCAUUUGGGUCUAAUAGUGAAUUUUGUUACCUGCUUCUUCGAGCAUCUAUUAUUGGCGUAUUAUUUUCAUUCGCGCAUUAAUUAAUAUAUAACAUGUUGAUGACUGAAUCUUUCAUACACAUAUCCAUUGAAAAAUUCUAGUAGUUCUCGUUAGCUUAACGACUUUUGCUUGUAAUAUUUUAAUUGGUUUUGCCCAACUUUAUUACUAAUAGGUAUCAUGUAAAAAUCUUCAGAAAUUCUUAUCAAGUGAGAGAGAUUAUUAUAUUCUUAUCAAGUGAGAUUAUCAAGUCGUCGAUGUAGAAGAAAUCUUCGUUGAUGAUGAUGGUCGGCUUGUAGGUUUUGAUCGUAACAGCUUCAUAGUUAUCCUGAAAAAUUAAUAAUUAUCUAAGUCCUCACUAGAAGUUCACAGCCUAGGAAAGUUUAACAAAAAAGUUCGCUACGGUGAAACUAUGGGGAUUUAAGUUAGCUUCUUCUUAAUUAAGGUACUUCGAACUUCAGCGAAAAAUAGUACAAGCGAUCAAGGCGUUUAGUGACUUUUGACUCUAAUUAUGGUGCAUUUCCAACUAUCAUUUGUUAUUGACCGAUUGUCAUUUACGAUAAUGAUUGAAUAAAAAAGAACUUUAUAAAAUAGAGAGGAAAACAAAUUUUUCUUUGUACCAAGAAAAACGGCAUAGCUUUUAUCGAUGAGAUUUUGUUGCAAGCUUUUAUUUAGUAUGUUAUUUGGUCAUCUAUUCCAAGUAAUUAAUGCGUGUUAGCUACCUGAAUAUUAUAAUUGACUUUUUAGUUCUUUUAACUCUAUGGCAACAGCUGCAGGUAAUCUUAAAUUUAGCCUAGUCUAUAUUCUUUUUUGUUCUUCAUAUCGUGUAUAAGAUGAUUUAUAUUCUUGCGCUGUGGGUUUUCUUUUAUUAGUUAUUUUCAAAUAAAGCGGAAUCAGUUGAAUCCCCAGAGAAGAAAUUAUUCAAAUCAGUUAUUCAAGGUUAGCAGCAGAGGUUUUAAGUUCUCAUUAACUUAAGGAUUGGCAGCAAUAAAAAAACUACAUGCACACUUAUAAAUACGAGUAACCUAGCUAAUGUUCACGAGAAGAUAACUCGAACUAAAUUAAUUAUGAUUAUGAUCGCCUUUUUUAGAUAUUAAAAAAUAUACGAUGUGUUUUUUUUAGCUUUUUACUUAUUAAUGUUUGAGAAUAAAUUACCAGAGAAGGAAA